AUGAAGUGGUCGAUACUGUGCUCGACUGCGACGCUGUCGACCGUUCUCGCCGCCAAAAAAGACUUCACAGGGGCCACGUACCCGACCAAGUCGGGGAUCAAAAUCUGGGUGGAUCCUGAAACCCCAGCGGAACGACACGAGUACGUCAGCUCACGUGGACGGAAAUGGGAUCUCGUCAUGAGUGACGAGUAUAACGUUGCCAACCGAAGCUUUCGACCGGGUGACGAUCACAUUUGGACUUCGCUCGAAAAACCUGACGGCGUCAACGGGGCGCUCGAGAUCUACUCGCACAAUAUGACGAGUACCAAGUGUGACAGUGAUGGCACUUGCUACUUCUACAUUAAGAUCACUGACGAAGUGAACGUGUUCAAGGUCUAUAACAUGUACACGCACCCUCCAGGGUACGAGAACGCGUACUUCUACUACCGGGCUGCGAUGGUGCAAUCGUGGAACAAGUUUUGUUUCCAAGGCGGCAUGCUAGAGGUGCGGGCUCAGCUGCCUGGGGCUGUUUCAAAAGAGUCUGGUAACCCCGAUCUGGCACUCGGUGAAUCCGGUCAAGUCAAGACGACGGAGUUUUACCCGACGUGGCCAGGUAUCUGGAUGAUGGGAAACCUAGGCCGCGCCAUUUUCUCGGCGUCGACAAACCGAAUGUGGCCAUAUUCGUACGACAAGUGUGAGCCAGACGUGUUCAAUCCUGAAAACCAGCGGAUCAGUGCCUGCAACGACAACCCUGGGUACGGGUUGAACCCCAAUCAAGGUCGAGGUGCUCCUGAGAUUGACCUGCUGGAAGGGGGCGGCUUGGCUAUCUCGUCGUCACUUCAGAUUGCUCCGGGUAUGCCUACCGACUUUCGUCUCUUCCCUGCAGAUGCUGGAGGAGCUGAUGCAGCUGACCCGUUCUGCGUCUACAAGUACAGCUGCAUGACACCCGGUGCUAAUUUGAUUGACGUACCUGCAUCCCACUACAAAAAAAAACGGGGACACAAGUCGUGGUAUCAAGGUCUUCGCUACGGCGCCAACAAUUACUGUCGACCAGAUCCUAAGGCAAAGCAGGACUAUGACACCGUCGCUGCGUCCGUAAAGGCUGGUGUUACGAAGAACACGUGUGGCGUCGAUACGUGUCCAGCAUCUGCUGAUGUAAAUGGCGACUUGGGCUUCAUGGACGACAGCAAGACUUCCCAUUGGGGUAUCAACACGAAUGGAACGUGCUACCCGCUCAUAAACUCGUACAUGGGAGCGUAUCUCUGUGAUCCAGAUAAUACCAACUCAAUGUGCAUGACCCCUCGGAACGCCACGACGCCAAAGUCGAGUUCGAUGAGUGGGUUCAACUACCAGAUGGAUGCGAUCUCUUCAAAUUGGCCCAUUCACCUGGGCGGCUACCUUGGCUACCUCAAGUACCAGCUAGAAUGGGUGACGGGCAAGAAUGGCUACGUGCGCUGGAUGCUGGACGGGAACGCACUCUUUGAGGUGACAACGGAGUCGCUCUCGAAUGUGCCGCAAAAUAGCAAGAAGAACAAUCCGCAGAAGACGAUGUUGGAGGAGCCUAUGUACUUGAUCUACAACGUCGCACUGUCAAGUUCAUGGGGCACUACGCCUCCAAAUCCAGGCAAGGAAUGCCGUGGUAAUGGGAAGGACCCCGUGACGAAUGCGAUUUGCGACUCGUUUCCAAUGUUCAUGAAGAUCGACUACAUCCGUUUGUACCAAGAUCAAGGCAAGGAUCUCGACAAGGAUAGCUACAUGCAAGUCGGGUGCGACCCAGCGACUCACCCGACCAAGACGUGGAUUGACGAACACAUCGACGAGUACGUCGACGAAGACAAUCCAUGGAGAGAGGUGUCGGGCAAAGCCUCCUGCACUAGCGACGACGACUGCACGAUUGGUAGCAGCGUCGGUACGGCAGCGUUGAAGACGGGGAAGUGCGUCAAGGGGCGAUGCCAGUGCACGCACUCGACGUCGUGGGGUGGCCCACGUUGCACCACAGCCCUAUCAGGGUCGACAAGCACCAGCACUGCCAACCUGUCUCAAAGAGCGUAUGGACCGCCCAUGAGUCUAUCCAUGAGCGUUGCCGCAGUCAUCGUGUUCCUGUCGAUCGUGUCCGUCUACAUGUCCAUGGUCUCGAUGGAGAAAGAGGCUGCAGCGUUAAGAAAGUCGAACGUCCAGACAAAAGUGACUGGCAGCAUCGACGACGGCAACAGCCUAACUUACUCUACGAACCAAAGACCAAAGGACAACUAUAGCCAGAACUUUGUCUAG